CUGAUCAAAAGAGCUUUAAACGUUGUCAUCCUCAUCAAGCCACCGCCGAGGUUACGCGAGAGGAUCCCGACACGCCGGCUUGUGUUCCUGUGACUCGAGUGGAGCAAACGGAGAUGAGAUCUUAGCGGACACCCGGAGUCCGAUGGAGGGAGAGCCGGCCUGUCGGGCCGCCGCCGGGGGAGGAAAGAGGAUCGAGAGGCCGUGCUCAAGGGAGGAGAGGAAGAGGAGGAAGUCGUCCGGCGCGCAGAGGCCCCCCGACCGCUCGGCCACCGACUCCCACGACGACCGCAGCUCGGCGGCCAGCGGCCUGGACGUGGGCGACCGGCUGACCUACCUGGAGCAGAGGAUGCAGAUGCAGGAAGACGAAAUCCAGCUGCUGAAGAUGGCCCUGGCCGACGUCCUCAAGAGGCUCAACAUCUCAGAGGAGCACCAGGCGGCCUCCACCAACAGCCGGAGGUCAUCCGCCGCUAAAGCCAGGCCGCUGUCGCUCGCUCUGCCCUCCAGAUCUCCUCUGGUGACCUCCUGUGCCGCCUCGGUGAAGAAGAGCUCCACGCUGCCCUCCAGCUCCAUGGCCCGGAACUACAGUCCAACCCCCCCGCGCAGCAGCGUGAGGAGCCCUGCAGGCAGCGUGAAGGACAGUCCCUGCAAGACCCCCAAGCGACCCACCUCUGCAGCCUCCACCGGCAGGAAGCCUCCGGAGAGCAGGCCCAAGGAGGCUGCCGCCACCGUAGGGACGAGACAGGUGACGCACUGCAAAGUGACUAUGCAGAUCUAUCUGAGCCCCCUCACAAGAAAGACUGGGUCUUCUGAGGCCCCCGGGUCCGGGGCCGCGGUGCCGGCGCGCGGCGGGCCGACGGGCGCGCCCAACCCCCCCCGGGGGGACGGCGGCGGCAAGCCAGAGGCGAAGAAGACCACGCCGUCCUUCACCUUCAACCUGCAGAAACCCACCACCAACCAGAGCGCACCGCGGGACCCCCCCAGCUACAAGAGCCCCCUCAAAUCGCCCAGCCAAUACUUUCAGAUUUGUUACUGAGGCAAAGAGAAGAUUCUGCUGGGAAAAAAACGGUUGUGGUUUUGUGCGACGUUAGCAUUUUACGGCGUGAUCAACGCGCGUUUAGCCUCCGUAGUCAUAGACCCGUUUGUCACGUGAUGCUAGUACCUGCGUGUUGUUUCACACAGUGCAGUGUGUGUGUGUGUGUGUGUGUGUGUGUGUGUGUGUGUGUGUGUGUGUGUGACGUCAGCGAGUGUGCCGUGAUGUGCUGUUUUUAUUUUUUUUUUAGUUGUCGUUCCACCUAAAGAGUAACCGGCGUGCAGUGUGUGCACGAAUGAUGAUUCCAGUUCAGGACGAGCAAUAAAAAGCUGCGGCCACUAAGGGGGGCGACUCUUCCUUGUGUGAGUGCGUGCGGGUCGGAGGUCGUGGUGCUUUAUAAUCCAGCAGGGGUCGCAUAGCCGGGGACCUUUUCAGUUGCAUAAACAGUGAAAUGGAGACUUGUGGAAAAUGUGUGAGCUGUGCCUUGCGCAUCAUUUGUUCCACUCCAACUUCGAAAAAACACUUCAUCUCUCAAAAAGGUUAAAGGAUUUUUGGAGUGAAUAGUUUGCUAAAAGAUGUCCUUACUUUAAUUCACUUCUAUUCAUUUUUAGGUCAACGCGUACCAGGAAUGUGUCUUGUAAACCCACAUUUUAAAUCUUUCUCAGACAUGUACUCAUUUUCUACAUUACUAUUUCCAUCACCACAAUCGACAUUAUUGUUCUUCAAAAACAUCUGAAAAGAAUGUAAAUCAACACAUUUUAGAACAUUUCAUGGAUUUUAUUUGAAUGGAUCACAACUUGAAACUUCCUUGUAAUUAUGUCCCUUUAGUACAGCAAAGAUGUAACCUGUUGAAUUACGCAAUUCGUUCUUCAUUUCAUCCUUUAUCGUUUUUUCUGACUCAUAUGACUGAAUCAUAUAAUCAAAGAGGCAUCUCGGACCAUCUUUAGCUCCUAACCUGGAAAUGAUUUUAAAUGAUUUGUAAUUUUACCAUUAUCUUUUUACUUAGAUGUAUUUGUGCAAAUAAACCAAUAGAAAUACA